UCCCCAAGUGUCGCAGAGGAUCCUUAAGCCAGGAGUGAAAACUAGGGUCUGGGGGUUAGUUCUGGAGGAGAAGUGGGGGCACGCUGGGCCAGGCCUCUCCGUCCUCGCUCUUGUACACCCCGCUUUCCAGCGCGGAAUCUGAACCGGAGGGUGGGGGGAAGCGUCGCGCAUGUGACGUCAUCUGGAAGCGCCGCGCGCGGCCGGCGGAGCCGUGACCUCCCGUGGCGUGGGAGGCUACACUGCGAUGUUGCAGCUAGUCCGGGCCGGGACGCGGGCCUGGCUUCGGCCCACAGGCUGCCGGGGCCUCACCUCGCUGGCGGAUGAGGCAGCGCGGCCGGUGGACAAUCCAGAGCCGGUGGCGAGCACGGGUCUUCAGGCGCCCGUGCUGCGCAAGUGCGAGCGCCCAGUACCCGCUCAUCUGAGCCCGGUGCAGGCCUGGAUCGAGUCCCUGAAGGGCUACGAACAGGAGCGCGUGGGCCUGGCCGAGCUGCAUCCCGACGUUUUCGCCACCGCACCCAGGUAUAAUUCUUCUCUUAGCUAUGCCAAGACCAAGACUCGGGCUGAGGUGCGGGGUGGUGGCCGGAAGCCCUGGCCACAGAAGGGCACUGGGCGGGCCCGGCAUGGCAGCAUCCGCUCCCCGAUCUGGCGAGGAGGAGGCGUGGCCCAUGGCCCCCGGGGCCCCACAAGUUACUACUACAUGCUGCCCAUGAAGCUGAGGGCGCAGGGCCUCAAGGUGGCGCUGACCGUCAAGCUGGCCCAGGACGACCUGCACAUCGUGGACUCCCUGGAGCUGCCCACUGCAGACCCCCAGUACCUGACGGAGCUGGCCCGCUACCGCCGCUGGGGGGACUCCGUGCUCCUCGUGGACUUAGCACACGAGGAGAUGCCGCAGAACAUCGUGGAGGCCACCUCUAGGCUCAAGACCUUCAACCUGAUCCCAGCUGUGGGCCUGAACGUGCACAGCAUGCUCAAGCACCAGACCCUGGUCCUCACGCUGCCCACCGUCGCCUUCCUGGAGGACAAGCUGCUCUGGCAGGACUCGCGCUACACGGCCCUCUACCCCUUCCGCCUGCCCUACCGCGACUUGCCCUGACGGCCGCCCUCUGCCCAGCGCGGCUCUCCGUGCCAAGCGCCCGCUCUCACCCAGGCCGGCCCCUGGCAUAGUUAGGAGCCCCACGCUUCCCAGUGAGGAAGCUGAGGCCACACGGCGGCCAAGCAGACAUCCCUGCCAGGACGGGACAGCUCUGCAGAGAGCC